UUUUUUCUCGUGUUCGUUGUUGCUAGUAUUGUUUAGAAUGUUUUCGUUGCCGUUGUGCAACUUUGUUGUGCGACUCUUUCGCAAUUUGCAAGUUUUGGCUCACGGCUCUCUUAAAGCUUGACUUUGUGGUUUUUUUUUUUUUGAUGUUGUUGCUAUUGCUGUAGGUUUUUUCGCACAAUCAAACAUUUCGCCAAAAAUUAAGCAUAACAAAGAACUAAAUCAAAAAAAUUCUUGACUGCUGCACUUAAAUCGUAAACGAAGCUAAGCUUUUGUAUUGUGCUGGAAACCGUUUUGGCCCUGCGUCUAAAUUUUGAAACAAAAAUCUCUCUUUGGCUUUGCUCUUCUAGCCAUAACAAAAAAGCUUCUACAUGAUGUCGUCGGAUCAACAGUUCUUUUUAAAAUGGAACGAUUUUCAAACAAAUAUGGUGACCUCGUUCCGUCACUUGCGCGAUGAGAAAAGUUUUACAGAUGUAACACUUGCCUGCGAAGGUCAAACCUGCAAAGCACACAAAAUGGUGCUCUCAGCUUGCAGUCCCUACUUCAAGGCGCUAUUGGAGGAGAAUCCAUCAAAGCAUCCCAUUAUUAUACUGAAAGAUGUGUCCUACAUACACCUGCAGGCCAUCCUCGAGUUUAUGUAUGCCGGCGAAGUGAAUGUGUCGCAAGAACAACUACCGGCAUUCCUUAAAACCGCCGAUCGUCUCAAAGUGAAAGGUCUGGCAGAGACACCAAGUUCAAUAAAGCGGGAGGGUUGAUGAUAUUUAAGCAAUUAAAA